UUGAAAAAUCUAGGGUUUGUCGGGCAGCAGUGACAACGGGCCUCCUUCACUCCCCUUGCUUGUACUCGGCAAAGUCAUUUACCAGUAAACUCGCUCUGGAUUAAACCUCCCGCCUCUUCUACUCAUUCGAAUUGCAAUUUCAUAUUUUCUCUCUCCUCAUUAUCAUCUUCGCAAUCCCCUUCUCUUUGAUCCUCUUGCUUCUGUAAUUAGGGUUUCUAUUCACUUUGCUCCUCUCACUCUUAGGCAUGGAGACUCUAUCGCGCUGCUAUUACUGGUUACUAGAUCGUUAUGGGGCUAAUUAGUCUAAUUUGUACAGUAGCUGAUCAUUAUUGUGCUGCAUUUCAGGUGUCAACUGAAAAUGACUACAGAAAUUACUUCAUAUUUGCUGGCUGCACAAUCUCCUGAUGCAAAAAUUCGCACAGAAGCUGAGAAUAGCCUCAAACAGUUCCAGGAGCAAAACCCGUCUGGUUUCUUGCUUGCAUUGUCAGUCGAGCUAUCAAAUGAUGGCAAGCCAAUCGAAUCUCGCAGGUUGGCUGGUAUAGUGCUGAAAAAUUCAUUAGAUGCGAAAGAUGUUUCCAGAAAAGAACAUCUUCUGCAACAGUGGGUUGCUAUUGAUGCGUCUAUUAAGCAACAAAUUAAAGAGUCACUUUUGAGGACACUAAGAUCCAUGACACAGGAAGCAUGGCACACUUCAGCUCAAGUAGUUGCCAAAAUUUCCUCUAUUGAAAUUCCAAGGAAGGAGUGGCCUGAUUUGAUUGGUUCAUUGCUUAAUAACAUGACUCAACCAGAUAGUUCAGCUUUGUUGAAGCAAGCAACAUUGGAGACUCUUGGAUAUGUUUGCGAGGAGAUAUCUCAUGAGGAGCUUGAGCAAAGUGAAGUUAAUUCCAUUCUUACAGCUGUUGUUCAGGGCAUGAACCUUGCUCAACAUAGUGCAGAAAUUCGUCUUGCAGCUACAAAGGCUCUAUAUAAUGCUCUUGCUUUUGCGCAAACUAACUUUGAAAAUGAAUUGGAGCGAAAUUACAUCAUGAAAGUGGUAUGUGACACUGCAACAUCUCAGGAGGUGGAGGUUAGGCAGGCUGCUUAUGAGUGUCUUGUGGCUAUAGCUUCAAUGUACUAUGAAGUGCUAGAGCCUUACAUGCAGGCUCUCUUUGAGCUCACAUCAAAAGCAGUAAAAGAAGAUGAAGAGGUUGUUGCUCUUCAAGCAAUUGAAUUUUGGAGCUCCAUAUGUGAUGAAGAGAUUGAGAUUCAAGAAUCAUUUGAAAUAGAGAGUGACCAGUCAGACCCUCCUCAUUCUCGUUUUAUUGGGAAGGCCUUGCAAUUUUUGGUACCAAUGCUGUUAGAAACUUUAUUAAAGCAAGAGGAGGAUCAGGACCAGGACGACAGCAUUUGGAAUGUGUCGAUGGCUGGCGGGACAUGCUUGGGACUUGUGGCAAAGACAGUUGGUGAUGCUAUUGUGCCACUUGUGAUGCCUUUUGUGGAGGCUAAUAUAUCUAGUCCAGAAUGGCGUUGUAGAGAAGCAGCUACAUUUGCUUUUGGCUCAAUCCUUGAAGGCCCCAGUGUUGACAGGCUUUCUCCGCUGGUCCAUGCAGGGUUGGACUUCCUGCUGAAGGCAAUGAACGAUCAAAACAGUCAUGUAAAGGACACAACUGCGUGGACAUUGAGCCGUAUAUUUGAGCUGCUGCAUUGUCCAUCUUCUGGAUUUUCUGUCAUUACCGCUGCCAACUUACAACCUGUUUUGGGUGUUCUGUUGGAGAGUAUCAAGGACACCCCACACGUGGCUGAGAAAAUAUGUGGUGCCAUCUAUUACCUUGCACAGGGUUUUGAGGAUAGUGGAGCAACCUCAUCAAGCCUCACACCUUAUCUGCCGCAGAUUAUAGCUUCUCUCAUUGCUGCUGCUGAUAGAACAGAUGGCAAUGACUCUAAACUUCGAUCUGCUUCAUAUGAAACAUUAAAUGAGAUAGUUAGAUGUGCUAAUGUUCCAGAAACAACUCAGAUUAUAGAACAACUGCUUCAUGCUAUAAUGACCAAGCUAUCCCAGUCUUUCGAUCUACCAAUUGAUAAAGAAAAACGAGAAGAUUUGCAAGCACUACUCUGUGGCGUCCUGCAGGUUAUCAUCCAGAAACUUAAUGUCGAUGAGUCGAAGAUCAUUCUUCAGUAUGCUGAUCAAAUCAUGCUCUUGUUUUUGAAAAUCUUCUCUUGCCGCAGCUCCACAGUAAACGAAGAGGCUAUGCUAGCAAUUGGUGCAUUGGCAUAUGCAACUGGACCAGACUUUGGCAAAUAUAUGUCUGAGCUCUACAAGUAUUUAGAAAUGGGUUUGACAAAUUUUGAAGAAUAUCAGGUUUGUAGCAUCACUGUUGGGGUAGUUGGUGAUAUUUGUCGUGCUCUGGAUGAUAAGAUUUUACCAUAUUGCGAUCAAGUAAUGUCCCUCCUUCUCAGAAAUCUUUCCAGUGGUGAUCUACAUCGUUCUGUCAAACCGCCAAUAUUCUCAUGCUUUGGUGAUAUUGCUCUUGCAAUUGGAGCGGAGUUUGAAAAGUACCUCAGUUAUGCUAUACCCAUGUUGCAGAGUGCAUCUGAAGUGUGUGCUCAGAUGGACACUAAUGAUGAUGAAAUAAUGGAAUAUGGUAACAUUCUGAAGCGAAGCAUAUUUGAAGCUUACUCUGGUAUACUUCAGGGUCUAAAAGAUGCAAAGCCUGAGCUUCUUGUUCCACAUGCGAAACAUCUUCUGCAGUUCUUAGAAUUUAUCUUUAGGGACAAACAAAGAGACGAGAGUGUGACAAAAGCUGCAAUUGCAGCUUUGGGUGACCUCACGGAUGCACUUGGUCCAAAUGCUAAGAUAUUUUUGAAAGAAUGCACAUUUUUCGCUGAAUUCAUUCAUGAAUGUCUUGAAUCUGGUGAUGAGCAGAUAAAGGAUACUGCAUUAUGGACUCAGGGUAUGAUUGGUCAGGUCAUGGUCUCAUAAGGUCUAUAAAUAUUCUCAAGUGCCACAGAAAAAUGUUACUGUUGUCAUUGCCUUCAUUCUCAGCAUUGUGGGUUGGGUUUAUCUGAGGAUUCAAGAGUCCGAGGUUUCACAAGGUUUUAGUCACCUAUGUUUUAUGGUUUCAGGAUCUCAGGUUAGGGUUCUUUUACAAGGGGGAAUGGGGAAGGGGAAGUGGGAAAAUUUAGUAAAUGAUCCUUAUCUAUGAAAGCCACCGGAGAAAGACGGUGACCUCUUAUUGGUCUUGUGAAACUUUGAUUAAUUCAAUGCAUCCACUACUUUGGUGGUUUGAGUCUUUUUUUUUGUUUUUCAUCCUCUAAUUUUUAUUUAUGUAGUCAUAGAAGUAUAUGGUAAAUACUCAAGUUUAGUUUUGAUCUAGAACAUCGUUCUUAUACUUGUUAUCAAUUUGCACUCUGCAUGAACGUUGAAGCUUUUCAA